AGGACUACUUUAAACCUACCCAAACAUAAUGAUCCAAUUUUGUCCAUUUUCUCAAAGAAUAUACCGAAGGAACUUUUAGCCUACCCGCAAAAAGACCGGCACGGCGACAAUAGUGUGUUCUCAUAGCCUGGGGUUUAAGCUGCAGGGUUUUGACUUGUUGAGAAAAACAGAGCAAAGAUUGAGAGAAAUGGCCGUACAAAGGGGACGUAACGGUAUGAUGGGUGAAGAGGAAGAAGAGGAAGGAGCUAUUUUCGGACAGGAAAUUGAGGCGGAGGAGCCCAACGAUGUCCCUCCUCAUCUGCUCAACAUCUUCGAUGCUGCCGAGAAUGGAAACCUCGACGCCCUCCGCAAUGCCCUUGAUAAUUUGAGUGGCAGCAUUGAUCAACCUCUUGAAGAUGGGGACACUGCUCUUCAUCUAACAUGUUUGUAUGGCUAUCUCCCUUGUGUGCAGCUAUUGUUGGAGAGGGGAGCUUCUUUGGAGGCUAAGGAUGAAGAUGGAGCAAUCCCAUUGCAUGAUACUUGUGCUGGCGGAUACACGGAGAUAGCCCAACUGCUGAUCAACAGUGCUCCUGACCCUGAAUGUGUGAAGAGGAUGUUGGACACUGUUGAUGCAGAAGGUGAUACGCCUCUUCAUCAUGCUGCCAGAGGUGAACAUGUAGCUGUCAUCAGGUUAUUACUGACAUUAGGGUCUUCUCCUACUAGGACCAAUAUAUAUGGAAAGACCCCUGGUGAGCUUGCUGAAUCUGAUGGUGAAGCUCGAAAAAUCUUAGAAGAAGCCGCACGUGCUGUUCCUAGCCAUUAGUUCUUCAUACCGAGAUUUUGAUUUGGUAUCUUGAUUAAGCAGAGCUAUGUGAACGGUCACAACUACAGUCUUCACCAAAGCUGGAACGCCCCACAUUGUAUAUCAGCUUUACAAGCCCUUAUAUUGGUUUAACAUGGCCAGUAGCCAAUGACAUUUGCUGUUGUUGUGUAAGCCUCCAAUCUUUGGUGCAUAUUGGGGGUUACAUAAAGAGUUUGGCUUCUUCUUAUGACUUUGUAAAACAAUGACUUUAUGUUAGUAUAUCUUGGUAAAGCUAUUUGCUCCUAAAUCUCAUGUUAGCAUUAUUUUACUCAAAAAAACUUGUGAGUAAGAUCCAUGUGAUCUGCUCAUUCCGUAAAUGGUUAUUUUUUGACAACAGACAAUGGUGUAAAUUUUCUUCUCAGUACAACAUCUUGUUCAAGUCAUUAAACCUUCAUGUAUA